UGAGAUGGCCACAGAACAUUCUCAGUCUGGGAAAAGAGAACUUCAACCAUCUGCAGACAUGAGGAAUAUAUACGCUUUUGCCCUGCUGCUCAUUGCAGUAUUUGCAAGCACCACCAGAGGUGCCAGCGUUCCCGAUCUUCUGUGUCGCAACAAGGCCAACGGUAUUCGGGCCCUGGUGCCCGGCAGUUGCUCCAGAUUCUAUGAGUGCCAAAACGGAGUUGCCAAGGAAUACUCGUGUCCCAGGUUUUACGACUUCAAGACCCGAAGCUGCGUGACCUUUAACACUGGAUGCAUCGAGGGGGCUGUGGUAGAGCCAGUGGCCAAGCAUUCCAUUCGGGAUACCGCUCAGCCGUGCAACGGAGCCACCACAACUCCACCGCCGUGCGCAGAAGUUACGACCACCACAGCCUGUGCUUCUGACAUAAGCACAAAAACAACCACAACAUGCGCCCCAGAAACUUCGACUACAACAACAUGCGCCCCAGCAACUACGACUAGUACAACCACUGAGGCUCCAACCACGACUACAACAACAUGUACGCCAACCACAACGACUACAACAUGCGCCCCAGCCACUACUACUACAACAACCACUGAGGCUCCAACCACGACUACAACAACAUGUACGCCAACUACAACGACUACCACAACUACGACUACCACAACUACGACUACCACAACAACGACUACUACAACGUGCGCCCCAGCAACUACGACUACAACAACCACUGAGGCUCCAACCACGACCACAACAACAUGUACGCCAACAACAACGACUACCACAACCACUAAGGCUCCAACCACGACUACAACAACAUGUACGCCAACUACAACGACUACCACAACUACGACUACCACAACAACGACUACUACAACAACUACGACAACGUGCGCCCCAGCAACUACGACUACAACAACCACUGAGGCUCCAACCACGACCACAACAACAUGUACGCCAACAACAACGACUACCACAACCACUAAGGCUCCAACCACGACUACAACAACAUGUACGCCAACUACAACGACUACCACAACUACGACUACCACAACUACGACUACCACAACAACGACUACUACAACAACUACGACAACGUGCGCCCCAGCAACUACGACUACAACAACCACUGAGGCUCCAACGACGACCACAACAACAUGUACACCAACAACAACGACUACCACAACCACUAAGGCUCCAACCACGACUACAACAACAUGUACGCCAACUACAACGACUACCACAACUACGACUACCACAACAACGACUACUACAACAACUACGACAACGUGCGCCCCAGCAACUACGACUACAACAACCACUGAGGCUCCAACCACGACCACAACAACAUGUACGCCAACAACAACGACUACCACAACCACUAAGGCUCCAACCACGACUACAACAACAUGUACGCCAACUACAACGACUACCACAACAACAUGUACGCCAACUACAACGACUACCACAACAACAUGUACGCCAACUACAACGACUACCACAACAACAUGUACGCCAACUACAACGACUACCACAACAACAACUACUACAACAACUACGACAACGUGCACCCCAGCAACUACGACUACUACAUGCACUGAAGCUUCAACAACGACCACAACAACUUGUACACCAAAAUCGACGACCACAACAACCACUGAAUGCCCCGACAAAACAACAACAACCACUGAAUGCGCUGACAAAACAACAACAACCACUGAAUGCGCUGACAAAACAACAACCACCACUGAAUGCGCUGACAAAACAACAACAACCACCGAAUGCGCCAACGCCCCAACAACAACCACUGAAUGCGCUGACAAAACAACAACAACCACCGAAUGCGCCGACGCCCCAACAACAACCACUGAAUGCGCCGACGCCACAACAACUGUCUGCCCCACAGCCGCGAAGGCUUUGGCUGCCACCCACUCGAACCGUAAUCCCGUCCGCCGUAACCCUGUCCACCGCCUCCUCUGGGAAGUCGCCCAAUGGGCGGGUAUUUCGUCCGCUAGUUCCGAUGUUGCGAUCAAGGUUUCCUGCGCCGGCAAACCCGACGGAUUCCUGAUGGCAUCUCCCGAGCGGUGCAACGACUACUACAUCUGUCGCCACCAACGCGCCCUCAAGGUCAGCUGUGGCGAUAGAUACUUCAACGGGCUGAAGGGCAUUUGUGAUCUCCCAGAAAACACCAGCUGUGUUCAGUCCUAAGUGAUAACUUGCUCGAGUACUGAUACCAAUAUUAUCAUGGAAAUGUGACAACCAAUUAUGGAUCGAAGCUUUUAAUAAUUGUAAAAGCAUUAUUUGAACAUGCACUUAAAAAAAGCAAAAGCUUAUAAAAGGCUACCAAAAAAAUAAAUACGUUGUGAUUCUCUUCAAUUUUCUGAGGCACAAAAUGUAAAACAACAA